UCCCGAUACUGUGAAGGUUUGAUGUCACACAUAACGCCUCUGAGCAGUUUACCUCAAAGGAAUGAGAGUCAUGGGGAAGACAGGUGGAAGAGGCGACUUUGAAUGGGUCUACAAUGACCAGCCGCACACUUCAAGAAGAAAAGAAAUCCUGGGUAAGAAAUUAUGGACUUCAUAAAGCUGUGAAAUCAGCUCAGUUAUAUUCCUGGCCUGUUUCUGUAAGAGGCCAAAUAUCCAGAGAUAAAGUCUCUUAUGGGUCCGGACCCUCAGCUGAAGUGGGUGGUAUCAGGCAUGGUCUUGACCCAGCUCCUGGCCUGCUACCUAGUCCACGACCUCUCCUGGAAGUGGAUCUUUUUCUGGGCCUACGCCUUUGGGGGCUGCAUUAACCACUCCCUGACUCUGGCUAUCCACGACAUCUCUCACAACGUGGCCUUUGGAAACAAGCUGGCAAAGUGGAACCGCUGGUUUGCCAUGUGGGCCAACCUGCCCAUCGGGUUGCCUUACUCUGCGUCCUUUAAGAAGUACCACAUCGACCACCACCGGUAUCUUGGUGGCGACCAGUUGGACGUUGACAUCCCUACAGACAUUGAGGGAUGGUUCUUCAGCACCCCGCCCAGGAAGGUCCUCUGGCUCUUCCUCCAGCCCCUCUUCUACGCUCUUCGCCCACUGUUGGUCAACCCUAAGCCAGUGGGUCAGCUGGAGAUCCUCAACGCAACUGUUCAGUUCACAGUAGACUUGAUUAUCUACUACCUAUGGGGGGUGAAGCCCAUUGUUUACCUCAUCGCAGGUUCUGUCCUGUGUAUGGGACUGCAUCCUAUCUCUGGACAUUUCAUAGCGGAGCAUUACAUGUUCCUGAAGGGACAUGAGACGUAUUCUUACUAUGGACCACUGAACAUGAUCACCUUCAAUGUCGGAUAUCACAUGGAGCACCAUGACUUCCCGAGCAUACCUGGCAGUAAACUACCUCAGGUUAAGAAAAUCGCAGCAGAGUAUUACGACUUCCUGCCUCAACACACUUCCUGGAUCCGAGUAUUAUGGGACUUUGUGUUUGAUGACAGCAUCGGCCCAUACGCCAGAAUUAAACGGCAGUACAAGAUAAACAAGCAGGGAUGAAUCCGUGACAUUGUGUUUCCCUUUGCACAGAUAUGUGAAUAACAGUUGUUUAAUAUAUGAGCACUAUAAAAUAUCAUUAUAUUCUGUUAUGUUUUUGUCCCUCAUGUGGUUGUCACUGUACUGUAUGAAAACAUCUUAAAUCAGUUACUAUUCAGCAAAGGAUUGUGCAUACUCCUAUUGCAUACAUGUUUCAGUGUAUGGAAUCUGAAGACCAUUUAGAUAUGGUUUGUUUUGGUCGUUAAACUGUGAUGAAACUUCCCUGCGUCCAGAAGGCACUGACAAGGGCAGAAUAAGAUGUUAAAAUAGUCAUUUCUUUAGGAUAAAGGUCACAUGCAUUCUCAGGUUUUACAGGAAUGGCACUAACUCUGUUUCCUUUCCAUGCCAAAAAGCAUUAUUGUACGUGCUCUGAUUUUUUAAAUGUGAGAAUUAACAAGGCUGUAGCAGCCUCUCCGAUUACCUAACAUAUGAUUUCACAUUACUCAUACGGAAGAGUGCUGAGGUGGAAAAUAGGCAUUGAGACUUACCUUUGGGUUAGAAGAGCCUUUUCUCCAGUUACGCCCAAUUCUGCUUGUUUGCAGCUCCAUUGUGCUGUAAACGGUCUGAUAACAUGUUUAAGGCGUGGACAGAUUAACAGAAACAGCUUUUAUGCCAAGGAGUACUUCUUAAGCAAAUAACAGUUUGAGUCUCCCUAUGUUUUGGGUCGCGGUGCUGAAUUAAUUUGGUGGACAUUUCAUAUUCCUCUGCAGGUCCCCAGUGAGUCUUUCUGUGAUGCUUGUCCUCCUUAAAUCACAGCAAAACACUCGAUCGAAUUUAAACAUCACAAGCUUUAGAAGCGUUUACUGCUUGAGCUAUUGUGUUUCUGUUAUUUUGUCUACUUAAUGGUACAAUUUAAUGAUUGUGUGUGACUGAUAAGUUUGAUCUUUGAAUUUUAUAUUUAAAUUACUGUACUACAUAAAAUAAAAAUACUAAAAUAUC